AUGAGCGGCAGAGGCAAAACCGGUGGUAAGACCAGAGCAAAGGCUAAGACUCGUUCAUCCAGAGCCGGGCUUCAGUUUCCCGUCGGCCGUGUUCACAGACUUCUUCGCAAGGGUAACUACGCAGAGCGCGUUGGUGCUGGAGCUCCAGUUUAUCUCGCCGCUGUGCUCGAGUAUCUUACUGCUGAGAUCCUGGAGUUGGCCGGAAACGCCGCUCGUGACAACAAGAAGACUCGCAUCAUUCCCCGCCAUUUACAGCUGGCAGUGCGUAACGACGAGGAGCUGAACAAACUCUUGGGUCGCGUGACCAUCGCUCAGGGCGGUGUUUUGCCCAACAUUCAGGCUGUGUUGUUGCCAAAGAAGACCGAGAAACCCGCUAAGGCAAAGGUUAAAAAUAAAUCGAAAAUGAGCGGCAGAGGCAAAACCGGUGGAAAGGCCAGAGCAAAGGCUAAGACUCGUUCAUCCAGGGCCGGACUUCAGUUUCCUGUAGGCCGCGUUCACAGACUUCUUCGCAAGGGUAACUAUGGAGAGCGCGUCGGUGCUGGAGCUCCAGUUUAUCUCGCCGCUGUGCUCGAGUAUCUUACUGCUGAGAUCCUGGAGUUGGCUGGAAACGCCGCUCGUGACAACAAGAAGACUCGCAUCAUUCCCCGCCAUUUACAGCUGGCGGUGCGUAACGACGAGGAGUUGAACAAACUCUUGGGUCGCGUGACCAUCGCUCAGGGCGGUGUGUUGCCCAACAUUCAGGCUGUUUUGCUGCCAAAGAAGACCGAAAAGCCCGCCAAGGCAAAGUAA